AUGAAGUAUCUUUCUUCCCUCGUAGCCGCGGCCGGCAUGCUAGGCUUGGCCAAUGCUGCCGUGCCAAAGGUCGAGCGUCGUCAGGCCGACUCUUCGACCUGCGCUUGCAGUCCUUCCAACACCACCCCAACGAACUAUAUCACCGCCACAAUCACACAGACGGAGACGGAGACGAUUACGCAAACCGCCACCGUUACGCAAACUGCCUUCCACAGCUCUGGGACCUUGGUCUCGCCCACUCAGACUCAGGGCGGCGGAAGCCCUCCAGGUUAUGGAAGUGGUUCAUUGAGUGGCGCAGCAACAAGCUCCGGCUCUACUUUCACUUUGCCUAGCUCAACUGGCGCCUACUCAUACUCUGUCGUAACUGUCACUAUCACCAACUUUGCUGGAUCUACCUCCGUCCUCGAAUCUUCUACUGUCGUUCCAGCCUCUUCAAGCAUCGCAAGCCCGGUAACGACAGAGAGCACUGCUCCCUCGUAUUCCCCGUCAGUCAUUACGAUCACGAUUACGGGUCCGCAAGGGUCCGCGACCACCGUCAAGACUAGCACACAAAUUCCUAUCACAACCAGUGCACCGUACCCAAUUCCAGGAAACUCUUCCGUCGUUCAGCCGGUCGGUUCUAGGACCGGGCUGCCUUUUCCAUUAUCCUCCAGCUCAGGCUAUGCCGGAGGAACCACUGGCGUUUCUUCUUCACUGGCGUCGCCCGAAUCGACAUCAGCCCUCUUUAGCACCAGCGUUACGCAGAUCACCACGACUGGGUCUGCUGAGACGACGAGCUCGUCAUCCAUCCCAGGAUCCGCCCCUCCGAGCUCAUCCCUGGCAUCUCCAGAGACCACAGGGCCCAGUCCACCUGGCUAUCAGCAGCCAUCACCAAGCAGCAGCUCACUCGCAUCCCCCGAGACUACCGGCCCUAGCCCCAGUGGCUCUGGAAGUUCGUUUUCGUCAAUCAGCACGACCGUAAGCGUUUCACCUACAGGAACAGCCACCUCGAUCCCAGGAUACAGCGGCACCGCUGUAUCUCCAGUGCAAACUGAAUCACCGAACGCUCCAGGAUACGCUAUCCAGCCUCCGGCUCCAUCCUGUACCUUUGCGCCAGAGUUCGGCAGUGCUCUUGCAGGUCUAGCUGGAUCUCUGCCAAAGGGCUCGCUGGACAAAGUCAUCCCGAAAGCUCAAGUCGACAGCGUUGUCGCGGGCCUCUUUAGCAAGCUGAACGGAGCUCUUGGUAGCAGUGCUAAGCUUACCGGUGCUCUUCCAAAAGCUUUGCCAACGAGCUACGAGACCGCUGCUGGUGAGACCAAGCCUCUCAACUUUGAGGGAGGAAUGACACUAGGCAACAUCGUGGACUGGUGUGGAUACCUGACAACCAAAGCCUACGCUGACGCCGGAGGUCUGGUGAGCGGUGCCGCCUCAGCAAGUGCCAGCGGCAACAUCUCCGGCUACGUAUCCUUCAGCAUCAGCGGCAACGUCGGUGCCAGCAUCGGUGCAGACGCUUCCUUCGGUCUCGGCGGCUCCAUCGGCAAGAGAACUCAUGCUCGCGCUCUGCGAGUCUAG